AUGCCAGAAUUUGCCCCAUUAAAGAAUGAUUUAAUUCUUAGAGCAGCUAGAGGUGAAAAGGUUGAGAGACCACCUAUGUGGAUCAUGAGACAAGCAGGUCGUUAUUUACCAGAGUAUCAUGAAGUCAAAGGAAAGCUUGAUUUUUUCGAAACUUGUAGAAAUGCAGAAAUAGCAGCGGAAAUUACUAUUCAGCCAAUAGAGCAUUUCAAUGGUUUAAUCGAUGCAGCUAUUAUCUUCAGUGAUAUUUUAGUUAUUCCUCAAGUUAUGGGAUUUGAAAUUGAGAUGGUUGAAGGUAAAGGGCCAGUAUUCGUGGAUCCAUUGAGAUCGCCAAAGGAUUUGUCAAGGGUUAAUUACAAACCCGAUAUAUUGAAGGGGUUGGAUUGGGCGUUUAAAGCAAUCACCCUUACAAGAACUAAAUUGAAUGGACGUGUUCCAUUAUUAGGGUUCUGUGGUGCGCCAUGGACUUUGUUGGUGUAUAUGACCGAAGGCCAAGGUUCAAAAAUGUUUAGAUAUGCCAAGGAGUGGAUAUACGAGCACACCGAAGAGUCUCACAAAUUAUUACAAGCUACAACCGAUGCAUGUAUUGAGUUCUUGGCUCAGCAAGUAGUUGCCGGUGCCCAAAUGUUACAAGUUUUUGAGUCGUGGGCUAGUGAAUUAGGACCUAACGAGUUUAAUGAAUUUUCAUUACCAUACUUGCGUCAAAUCAGUGAGAAAUUGCCAAAGAGAUUACAAGAGUUAGGAAUUACCGAAAAGAUUCCUCUUACUGUCUUCGCAAAGGGUGCAUGGUAUGCUUUGGAUUCUCUUUGCGAUUCUGGUUAUGAUACCGUUUCUUUAGAUUGGUUGUACAAGCCAGAGGAUGCUGUUAAAGUGGUCAAUGGCAGAAGAAUCACCUUACAAGGUAAUUUAGAUCCUGGUACUAUCUAUGGUUCUGAUGAAGUUAUCUCUAAGAAAGUUGAACAGAUGAUCAAAGGGUUUGGUGGUGGAAAACAAAACUACAUUAUAAACUUUGGCCAUGGUACUCACCCAUUUAUGAAGCCUGAAAAAGUGGAGCAUUUUUUGAAAGAGUGCCAUAGGUUUGGCCUGCAAUAG